GUUUCAAGACGGUUACGUCACGGUCUCGUGAUGGCUCAGGAAUCACGAUUUUCGUGACGUCUACCCCGGUGCCGGUCUAUUAAAGCGUUUGAACCUGGUGCUGUCUGCACACCAACUCUGCUCACGUCUGCUUAAUACCCAGCGUUCCUUAUAUUUUCAACAAUGAUUCCUAAAGUCCUUUGCCUUGUUGCUCUUGUGACACUAGCUGUUAUCUAUAGCACUGAAGCUGCUCCUGGACCUCAAAAAGAACCUGGUCGAGGACCACCUUCAUCUGGCGAACCCCCAACUGACAAACCACGCCCUGAUGGUUCUGCCCCUCCACCACAAGCUGGUCAACUAAGAGAUCAAGGUCAAGGUCAAGACCCACCAAGACAAGGUAAACCACCAAGGAGAAACUAAUCGAAUGGGACAAAAAGAAUUCGACAAUUUAAAAGAAAACUUUCCGAUUGAAACAUAUCAAUUUUGAAUAGAAAUCUGCACAAUUCCAAUUAUGAGACCAGAAAACAAUUUUGAGAAUGAGCUUUUUAUUUAAUGUUUUCAAUGUUCUUUAAGACAGUUUCGAAAUAUACUUAUUAUUAUUAAUAAACUCUGAGUUUGAUAUAAUAACAAA